AUGGAAGAAGCGACAGAGCUUGCAAAAGAGUUGUCGGAAAGAUUGAAAGAAGGUUCCUAUGAUUGUCCUAUUUGCAGUGAAACCAUUCGUCUUCGUGAUAGUCUUUAUGCCUGUCCUGUUUGCUACGGAGUUAUGCAUUUAACAUGCAUUAGAAGGUGGGUAAAAGCACAGAUGGAGGAGCGAGAAAAACAAAAUGGUGUUGUAGAUCUUACUCAAUGUUCUAUGCAUGAGUUUCGUUGUCCUCUCUGUCAAUCACUUAAUCCAACAUCAUCUAUAGUUGAGUGUAGAUGUUUCUGUGGAAAGGUAAAGGAUCCAAUCCCAGAUCCUCUCUUGGUUCCGGGUUCAUGCGGUCAGAUGUGUGAAAAGAGACGUAAAGACAGUAAAUGUACGCAUUCCUGUACUCUUAUGUGUCAUCCAGGACCAUGUCCUCCGUGUGCCUUAACACGUACGCAAGUUUGUUUUUGUGGUAAAUCGGAAAAAACUGUUGGAUGUUCAAGUGGUAUUCAUGGAUUUGAGUGUAACGAAAUUUGCGGUAAGUUAUUGGAUUGUGGGAAUCAUUAUUGUAAAGCACCAUGUCACGAAGGUCCUUGCUCCAUUUGCUCUGUAAUGGUGAAGGAAACAUGUUAUUGUGGAUCUACAGAAAGGAAGCGACGCUGCGGUGAGGAUGAAUCGUUUUCCUGUUCAAAGCCAUGCUCAAAACUACUGGACUGUGGAAACCAUCGUUGUUUAUUUAAGUGUCACAAGGGUCCUUGUCAGCCGUGUUUACAAACUCCUGAUCGUCUUUUGUUCUGUUCGUGUGGUAAAGUUCGCAUUGAUGAACUUGUUAAAUCUCCACGAAAGUCUUGCUUGGAUCCUAUUCCAUCGUGUGGACAGAUUUGUGGGGCUCCUCUUCCAUGCGGUCAUACUUGCACAGCGGUGUGUCAUGAAAGUGCUGUAUGUCCACCAUGUAUGGAACUUGUCUCGGAGCGCUGUGGUUGUGGCUCACGUGUAAUUAAAUAUCGUUGUUUUUGUUCCUACAUUCCUUCUGAGGAGUGGGAAGAAGUAGUAAAAAGGGCAAAAAUACCGAUCGCAAAGGCAGAACUAUGCUACCCACCGCGUUGUACUAAACCUUGUCGAAUGAAUUUGUCAUGUGGAAAACACACUUGUAAAGAAGUUUGUUGUACAAAUGAAGAUCACACCUGCUAUCGAAUUUGUACAAAACGAUUGCCUUGUGGAGAACACAACUGUGGACAACUCUGCCACAAGGGUCCCUGUUUACCAUGUAGCAAUAAUUCAUACGAACGACUUUAUUGUCGCUGUAGACGUACGUGGGUUGAACCACCGGUGCCAUGUGGGACUAAACCUCCUAUUUGCAGUCACCCGUGUAUAGUUCCGCGUCCAUGUGGUCAUCCUCCCAAUCAUCCAUGUCAUAUUGAGGAGGAAUGUCCAGAUUGUGUUGUUCCAGUUGAGAAAAAAUGUGACUCACAUAGAAAGGUAAUGCCUUACUUUUUACCUUGUUAUCGAAAGACUGUUUCGUGUGGGAAAAAAUGUGGGAAGGUGUUAUCAUGCUGUGGGAAAGUAUGUGAAAAGAUUUGUCAUCCAGGACCGUGUGAGCAUCAGUGUACAAACGUUUUUCCUGAACUUCAAUAG